AUGGCCAACGGGCGCAGAAACGUCAAGUUCUCCCAUAGGGCCAGCAACGGCCACAAGGCCGAUGGCCGUCGCUCCAGCUUCAGCGACGUCAGCGAGGACGGCUCGCCCACAAAGGCUAAGUCGUCCGCCGCCGCCGCUGCCAUGGACCAGAUCGAAGAGAAACCCACCCCCGAAGAACAGCGAGCCGAGUACGAGAAGAAGAAGCAGAACUUUAUAACGCGGAGCAUAUGGACGUUCAUCAUGAUCGGCGGGUUCUUUGCCGCCCUCUUCAUGGGCCAUCUCUACAUCCUCGCCGUCAUAACCAUCAUCCAGAUCAUCUCCUUCAAGGAGGUCAUCGCCAUCGCCAACGUCCCCAGCCGUGCACGCCAGCUGCGCUCCACAAAGAGCCUCAACUGGUACUGGCUCGCCUCCACCAUGUACUUCCUCUACGGCGAGAGCGUCAUCUACUACUUCAAGCAUAUCGUCCUCGUCGACAAGGUCCUGCUUCCUCUAGCCACCCACCACCGCUUCAUCAGCUUCAUCCUCUACAUCAUUGGAUUCGUUUUCUUUGUCGCUUCACUCCAGGCCGGCCACUACAAAUUCCAGUUCACCCAGUUCGCUUGGACGCAUAUGGCCCUGUAUCUCAUUGUGGUCCAGGCCCAUUUCAUCAUGAAUAACGUCUUCGAGGGCAUGAUCUGGUUCUUCCUGCCCGCCGCUCUCGUCAUUACCAAUGAUGUCUUUGCCUACAUUGUCGGCAUCACCUUCGGCCGCACUCAGCUCAUCAAGCUCUCCCCUAAGAAGACCGUCGAAGGCUUCGUCGGCGCUUGGGUCAUGACCGUCAUAUUUGGCUUCGGUCUGACGAACCUCUUGAUGCGCAGUGGAUACUUCAUCUGUCCCGUCACCGACCUUGGCGCAAACAUCUUUACCGGACUCGCCUGUGACCCCAACCCAGUCUUCCUCCCCCACACGUACACACUACCGGACCUGUUCUUCCUGCCGCCCAACACCACGCCGAGUCUCACCAUCGAGCCCAUGCAGCUACAUACCUUCAUCUUCGCCACGUUUGCCUCUCUCAUUGCGCCCUUCGGCGGCUUCUUCGCUUCUGGUCUCAAGCGCACAUUCAAGAUCAAGGACUUCGGCCACUCCAUCCCCGGUCACGGAGGUAUGACGGAUCGCAUGGAUUGUCAAUUCAUCAUGGGCUUCUUUACGUACAUGUAUUAUCACAGCUUCAUCGCUGUCCACAAGCUCAAUCUUGGUGGUGUCAUGGAGAUGGCCAUCACCGGCUUGACUGUCGACGAGCAGGUCGAGCUUAUUCGGGGAAUGAGCAGAUAUUUGGGCAACCAAGGCCUAGUCGGAGAGGAGGUGAGUAACCCCUAA